UCGUCAAACAAAAUUUACGCGAAUUUGUAAAAAAUAUUAAUAAAUUCUUUAAUUUUUACGCUACGUUGCGAAAAGCUUACUUAAACAAUGAAUCGACUUUUUGGACGUGGAAAACCCAAAGAACCUGGUCCAAGUCUAAAUGACUGCAUUUCAGGCGUGGAGCGAGCUCAGCCCGAGCAUUGAGGAGAAGAAGAUUGCGAAGCUGGAAACAGAGCUGCGAAAAUAUCGCGAGCAGAUGAGCUGCUGCUGCUGUAAAACAAAGGGCGCUGCGUGUGCUUAAACAAAAGAAGGCGUAAGUGAUUUAAAGUCUUAUAAACAGGGUCAAUGAAAUAAUUGAUCAAAUUGAAGAUAUGCAGGACGACAUGGCCGAUAUGCUGGAGCAGGCUGAUGAGGUGCAGGAGGCAAUGGGACGCACCUACGGAAUGCCCGAGGUGGACGAUGAUGAUUUGCAGGCCGAACUUGAUGCCUUGGGCGAUGAGAUCGCCUUGGACGAUGUUACCAGCUACUUAGAUGGCGUCACUAAGGCGCCUGACAGAGAGCCAGGUGCCGACAGCAUCGUACCGGGAAAGGUAUUCCAGAGAAAUAUAAUGUAUACUUCAUAGCUGAGUAAUGCAAUAUCUUCUACGAUAUCUAAUCAUCCAUUGUAAAGUCAUUUAAAGUACCAUAAAAAAUAAUAUCCACUGAUAAGGAGUUGAAUCAACCAGCAAAGAUUUUUUAAGAAUAAUGUCUGUUCAGAUUAAAUAGCGACACAACGUA